AUGGCCGCCGCGACAACCCAGGCCGAGUCCUCACGGCGCAACCCGCCAUUCCUGCCGACGCCCCUCGAGAGGCUUUUCCUCGCCGUCUUCCCCGCCAUCCUCGUCUUCGGCACAAUCUUCUCCCUCGUUUCGCCCGACAUUCGAGCCUCUCCGUACGACCACGUGUCGCAGUCGCACCACCAAGACCCGAGCCUCUCGCCGAGCUACUUUGCCCGAAAGAACAAUGUCUUCAACGUGGUGUUUGUGAAGCGCGGCUGGGGAUGGACCACCUUUGCAUUCGUCUUUUCUCUCCUUGUGCAGCCCACCCGCAAUACGCCUCCUGCCGUCGUUCUGAUGAGGAGGAUCCGCGCAGGCAUCCGCUGGGUGGCCGCCACGGGCUGGUGGUUCUUUGUCACACAGUGGUUCUUUGGCCCUCCCAUUAUCGACCGCAGUUUCCGCUGGACCGGCGGCAAAUGCGAGCUGGCGCAGCGAGAGGUUGUCAUGGGCGAGGGCAACGUGAAACAGCUGUUGACGGCCGUGGCUUGCAAGGCAGCAGGAGGCAAGUGGAAGGGAGGCCAUGAUAUCUCGGGCCAUGUGUUUCUCCUGGUGCUGGGCACUGCAUUUCUAAUGCAAGAAGUUGGCUGGCCGGCCCUCAGAGUCUGCGGGUGGCUCGCCGAAGAGAGAUGCGUCGUCAUGCCUGACGGAGCGGUUAAGAGCGCGAGUGUCGAGUCAGAGACGGGUGCUGGAGAGGGAGCAGGAGAGCCCGUGUUCAACAUUAGCGGGAAGACGGCCAUUGGCGUCAUGUCAUUGAACUUGUGGAUGCUGCUCAUGACGGCCAUAUACUUCCAUACGUGGUUUGAAAAGCUUACUGGACUUUUGACUGCCAUCAUUGGUGUAUAUGCCAUAUAUUACGUUCCUAGAUUUGUGCCGGCUUUGCGGGGGGUGAUUGGUUUGCCUGGGAUAUAGAUGUACGAGCAGGAGCAUGAGCAUGAGCAUGACCACAAGCAUAAAGCAUGAGCAUUGGAUUAGAUAGUGUAUGAGUGCGAGAUGAACGAUUCUGUAUAACGCCUGGAUUGAGAAGAGAUGAUAGUCUUAUUGAAUAAUUAAUGAUACCCUUCUCCUGGAAA